AUGGAUGUACCUCGAUCAUCUUCGCGCCCGAGACCUUCAUCCCGGCCCACAACCCCCCUGCGCCCCAGCUCGCGCUCUUCAAUACGGGAAGCCCACGGAUAUGGAAACAGCAUUGGAAAUGCAGGAUACACACAACCCGCCUUCAAUGCCUUGGAACCGCAAUUCGCCGAGCUGGCCGAUUCGAUGGCGGAUCUCGAGGCCAACUUCAUGCACUUGCAGCUGAUGCACGAAAGUCUGACGCGCUUCAGUGAGAGUUUUGCCAGUUUCCUCUACGGGUUGAAUAUGAAUGCAUUCUGUGUGGAUUUCCCAGAGGCUCCAAUUUCAGACUCGUUCAAGAAGGCUAAGCAGGAUGAAGAAGACAAAGAGGCGGAAUCAGACUCAGAACCAACACGACAGGUUGAUGAUGGCGAGAUGACCUUUAUGACUACGGACACGACUUUUGUUGAGAAUCCGAGCACGACCCCCUCCGCUAGACCGACGUCCAGGUAUGCUGCGGGCUCACGAGCAUCGUCGCGUGGCACUGCUCGUGGUGCACCAAGCAGCCGGUAUACUACACGAGGUACUGCUCGUGGCACUCGUCCCAGCGCACUGCCUCGGGGCAGAGGGAUUGGAACUCGAUAA